AUGCAUGAUGUAAUAUGGAAUCAUCACCACCUUCUCCAUUUAUCUUCUUCUAUCUUUUUCCUUUCACCUUCUUCACCCAACACUUUGCUCAAAAAAACUCAUGUCACUUUCAUGUUUCACCUUUAUCCACGGUGGAAAACAAGUAUUUUGAAUGUCACAUUUGUAAAACAGAAAGCAAUGAAUAAUGUUUAUGAAGAGCUAGAUGAAGCUAAAUCUGAAAUUGAAAGACUCAAGGCAGAACUUAGAAGCAAGAACAAUUCAUUUAAGAACUUGAAGAGAUCUCAUGAUGCACAAGUCAAUCAAAUACAAGAAGCUAUUUCCAAAGUUGAGAAGUUGGAACAAGAACUUCACCAAAAAGCAAAUGAAAGCAUUUAUGCAGAACAAGUAUAUGAAGAUAACAAAGAGUCCAACAUCAAACACCUAUGUGUUGGAAAUGACAAACUUAGAGAAGAAGGUUAUGGUGAGAGGUUUGAAAAAUGUGAAGAUCAAACCAAAAGGUUGGUAUUGGAAAAAAAGGAAAAUUUUAAAGCAUCCAAAGAACAAGGUAAAAUAGAUGACUUGUUCCACAAGUUACAGGAGGAAAACAUGAAAGUGGAAGAACAAUUGAAAUGGAAAAAGGAACAGUUAAUAAAACAGUUUGAUCCAAGUAUGGAAAAGUCUAUAUUGCUUGAUGAAAUUUCAUUACUACAAACCAAGUUAAAUUUUCAUGUCAAAAUAUCACAUGAGCUACAACAUCAAUUACAAAUGUGCAAACAAGCACUUGCACAUGAAGAAAUCAAGAGAAAGUCUUUGGAAGUUGAAGUCUUAGAUUUAAAGUCACAAUUUGAAGGUGCUAGUAGUAAGUAUCAAAAAGCCAAUUUACAACUUGAUUGUUUAAACAAUCAACAAGACAAAGAUAUUGAAGAUCUUAGACAUGCAUUGAAAACACAAGAGGCAAAUUAUAAAGAAUCAAAAUUCUUAAAUGAGAAGUUAGAGCAAGAAAAUCAUCAUUUAAGGAAGUCUAUAAGAGAACUUCAAGAAUCUCAAAUUCAAGAAGGGAGAGGUUCGUAUUCUCUUUCGAUAUUGCGAUCGAAUCUUAGAGGUUUGGAACAUACUCACAAAGAAUGUGUCUCUAUUAUUAAGGCUAGACAAACUGAAUGGAACUUUCAGCUAGAGCAAAUGACAGAAACGAUCGAUAACUAUCGGUAUGCGUUGGAAACUAAAGCUGCAAUGAUAGGAAAGCUCAAGAAGGAGCUGGAAUGUUCUCAUUCUUUUAAUAAUGAGAUUGUGUUAUUGAAUGAGGAAAUGUCUGUGAUGCUGCUAGUUUUAAAGGAAGAAAUUUCUGAGCACAAGAAACUGCAGCAUAAUCAUUCGACGCAUAAGGAAUUGCUCGAAGAAUCAACAAAGUGUGGAAUGGAAAUUGACUUGAAAGAACAUAUAAAGGAAUUUUAUGGUGAUUUAAACAAGCCAAACAUUGAAUUGGAUGAAAGAACAUGUGAAAGAAGUGAAAUGGAAUUUGAAUUGAAAAUGUAUAAGUCCUUUGUUCAAAGUUUGAAGAAUGAUCUUGAAGAAAGUAUUGUAACGCGAAAAGAACUAGAAAAAUCGCUACUUGCACAAGUAGAUUUCAGUGAAAGUCUCAAGCUUGAGAAAGAUAGCUUGGAUUACAAGUUAGAAGAGAAAGAAAAUAGAAUAAAUUAUCAACAACUACAUGUUUUUCUAUUGGAGCAAGCAUUGAAAGUAAGAGAGACAAAAGACUAUGUGGAAAAAACCAAUGAAUUUGAUAAAGAGAGUUCUAUAAAGGGAAAAAACAUGGCAAAAUAUGAACUCAUGCAUCAUGUUACUUCAUUGGAGAAAGAGUUUAUUAGCACCUUGAUACCUUUUAAUUCACAACUAGCUGAGAAACAAGCUGAAAUAAUUCAACUACAAGAAGUUUGUGAUAAGAUAACAGAAGCUGAGGCUCUAGCUACUAUUGAAAUUGAAGAGAAGAAGUUAAUGAUAGAAGAACUAGAGGAUGACAUUAUUGACAUGGAGCACAAACUGAAAUUACAAGAACAAAAUUGGAUUCAAUUAAAACAACUUGCAUUGGAAAUUGAAAUGGAAAUAGAAGCAAAACAGUUAAGAAUAAAGGAGUUAAUUGAUAAAAUUGAGAGUAAGCUAAGAAGCUCAGAUGUUUUGCUUCAAAAAAUAAAGAUGGAGAAUAGAAGUUUGCUUGAAAAUGACACAAAGUUGUCACCUGAAAGGGAGAAUUUGUUGUGUUUUGUUCUUGGAUUGAGUGAUAAAAUGAGUGAUUGCACAAAUGCUGACACUAAACUUGUUGAUGUAUUGAGAAGUUUAGUUCAGUCUUUUGAGAAAGAUUGUUUAGGAGGAAUGAAUUUAAAAAAUGAGAAUAUGAUAUUGCAUUCUCCUACAGGGUUGAAUAAACCUGAAAACUUGUCUGAUUUAAGGUCACCAUUUAAGGAGCUCAACAAUAAGUUGCAAAAGAGAAAAGAUUUGUAUGAGCCUAGAGGAAUGACAUGA